AUGGGUGUUGACCUAAAUAACGGUAAGAUUGGUUUAGGAACGUUUGCGGAAUGCAGCCAACGAGAGGUACGCAAGGAACUAACAGAAGGGUUUAACGCAACUCUACAACGCAUCAGUGAGGACACCGACCUGAAAAACAAUAUCAUAGACUCGUGUAGACGUGAGGGAGAUGGUAAAUUCCCCUUGACUGACGUGCGGGGUUUAUUUGAGGGUCUGAAAGAGAGAGACUAUUCUAUUGUACUGGCUACAGCAGACUGUGACAAAGGAGUGGACAUGUUUAUGGACGAUAACUCCAUCAGGGAGCAGGUAGACUUUGUAAUGUGUGCCACCAACUACGAGGAGUUCCCACCUAAACCGAACAAGCUGUCAGCAGAGAAGCUGUGUGCUCAGUUUGCAGUGGAGAGUAAGAACGUGGUGAUGGUGGGAGACACGCCCACAGACAUGCAGUUUGGGGUGAACGGAGGGUAUGGGCUGGUGGUGGGGGUUACUACGGGGGUCGGGUCUGCGGAGGAUCUGGACAGUGCUGGAGCACAUGUUGUGUUGGGGGAUCUGUCUGAGCUUAUCCAUGUUUUGGAAGAGUUUCAUGUCGAGAACUCCUAA